GUCGGCACAUCCAAAUUGGAUUCUUCAAUGCCCAAUGAAUUCCUUCAGGUGACAGAAACCCGAAGAAGUCUCCAUUCAUCGGGAUGCGCGUACCCUCGUGUUCAAUCCCCAGAUAUUACAACAUUGUGUACUCACGGAAACGAGGUUCUGCUGCCCUGGCUGCGCAAUGUGGUCUACAUAGUGCAAGCUCCAUUGCUCGGCAUUAUGCACGCACAAGAAGUGCAUAUAUAACCCCGCCUACUCGUACUUUCAAUGGCCCACAGGACCUCAAACACAGAAUCGAGAUACAGACCAUGUCAAUUAACAGAAACGUGAAUCGCUCGUCAAACCCCUCGCGCGAUUCUGCCUUCGACGCUGUGCGUCAACAGGCCAUCGACACAGACAUGGACGAGAAUCUCGACGGCUACGAAGCAGAUCUCGAAGCAGGCUCGGACCUGGAGUCUGACUCCGCUUCCGAAGAUCCAGAUAUGCGGCAAGCUGCUCCGACCGUCCAAACCGUCGAGGUACAGUGCGACAUCUGCCUUGCCUUCGAUGAGCAAUUCGCACAGGUCCGGCAACUGCAUAGCGCUGACUACUUGAUCGACAGCGCCCACUGGAUGGACCUCCAACGUAGGUUGGUCGAACAUCUGCAUGACCAUGCGCUGGACGAAGCCUUGAGCUCGCAGCUUCGGGACUUUGGCAUUGGGAAUCCGAAGGGCUUCCAGCGGUGGGGUGUCGCAGCCGUGCCUGUCCAGGAGGUUAGCCAUGACGGACCGACGACGAGCGAACAGCCUGAGGAGGAUGUCGUUGAGGCGCUUUUUGACUAUGAGGAGUAUGCGAGAGACGGUCUGGCCGAGGACAUGGAGGAUUUGCAGUAUGCGGAUCAAGAUUCAGCGGGCCAUCCGAUAGAGUUGUAA